AUGAAUAUCGAUCAAGAAGAUUCAAGUAGUAGUUUUUUCUGUAAUAUUAUUGCUGAUUUAGGUCAUAUUUUAUGUGAUCCUUCAAUGAAUGCAACAGUUAGAUCUUUAGCUGGUGCUGCAUACGGUGAAAAAGUAUCAUUCAACGAUUUGGCUCCAGGAGAAUUUGAUCUUCUUUUGGGUAAGAUGAAUAAAAAAAUUCAAUGAUCAUUUUAGUAUUUCAAAUCUGUAUUUUCAAGUUUUUUUUGCUCGAAUUCAUCAAUUAACUGUUGUAUCUGUCCUUGUUG